AUGGAUCUUGAUCCAGGCGAAGGGCCAUUUUCAGAGGCUCAGAGGCGUGUUGCCGGGUCUGCUCCGUUUCCAGAUCCCGCACAGCCGAUCACGGUGAUACGAAACAAUCACUCCAACAUCCCGCUGGGGAGCAUCCUCAACAAGGGCGAGAUCAUACUCCUGUUGACUCCAGUCGUCGUGAUCAGGGAGCGCGGUGAGACUCCCGGACGCGAUCCAUUCGAGAUCCUGGGUAGAGCGGUUGCCGCCAAGCACGCUGGAGUCAGACAUGUUCCGUACACGGCCCUCAAUGGUAUCACCAACACGCAUGCGGCCUUCAUCAGAGCGGCAAGAGUAGUCAUAUUCGUCGUUAGCGGACCACCUCGGCUCGGCCAGGUCGAUCAGGUCGAGCUCGGUCGGGCUGUUCAGCGGCUGGCUAGAGGGAAGCCUUUCAUCAUGAUCACCACUCUCAGCGCUAGUCCAGUUGACGAUGAUUUUCCGACAGCCCUCCAGGUGACUGAGAUGAACCAGAGAAAUCUUCAGACGCUUGCAGAGUCACUCUUUGUGAGAGAGUUGCACACAAAGUCGUUGGCCAGCGAAGGAAGUCUGCCCGCUCAUGGACGACCCGAAACGAAUUGGUCAAUUGAGGUCUGGGAUACACUUAAGGACAUGGGGGCCGUUUCAGCGCUGUGGAAUGAAUGUCUCCCGUCGCAGUUCAAGAUGGACGCCAACAAACUGCGGUCAGUGCUCGCCAGAGGCGAUGAUGCUUUUUAUCACGUCGUCUGUAUGCCUCAGACAUCAUUGGUGAUAGGUCUCUGUACCACCUACACGGUACAGGCGACCCGGCAAAGCGAUGAACUUAUUGGCUACCUUGCCACUCUUAUUGUCGACCCAAGAUAUCGGGGCCAGGGGAUUGGACGUGCUUUGCACGACCAUGCCCUGAGUUGGCUGAGACGAAUGGUUGGGUUGAGCCAUAUCCAGUUGGGGUCAAGUUUCCCGCGCCUACUUCGAGGGCUGCCGACCUCUGUCGACUCGGAGCAUUGGUUCGUGAAGCGUGGAUGGGAUAUCGGGAUGCCUGGCAACGAGAUACGAGAUCUACUCCUCGAGACGGAUGCAUGGCCUAGUGCGAUGCCGGAGGACAUUGAAAUCCGCCGAUCAUACCGACAAGCAACGCCCGACGAUCUUUCUUCACUAAGAGAAUUAUUGGAACGAAGUCUCGUCAUGCCUCAGCACGCUGGCUGGCUUGAACAAUACACAGCUGCCAUUGAUACUGGCCGACUGGACAACAUCAUCGUUGGUAUGCAUGGGCGCACUAUCGUUGCCACGGCACUCAUCUAUCAGCCCAAUGACGACUCCACGCUAGAAAGAAACCUGCCUUGGGCGGGUGCAAUUGGCACGGAUGUGGGUGGGAUAACUUGCGUGUACAUUGCCGAUGUUCAAGCAGGCUCCCUGCAGAUCCAACGGGACUCUAUCAUGAUUCGACUGCUCGACACGUGCGUCGCCAUUCACCAGCGUCGAGGCAUGGCGAGGGUCUUUCUCGACGGUGUCAGAGGGGGGUUUGACGCGUAUCAAGCACUCGGUAUGUGGUCGCGGGGACAUUGGCGCCGGAACGAGAUCGACCACUAUUCGUGA